GAGGAAGUUCUGUUUAAUAAAUUGAACCACAUAAGCCAUACAGCCUUGGUCUCUUGAAAAAUGGAUUUCGAUCCAAACAGCGAGAAAUGGGCCUGCUGCUGCUGUACACUGCCAUCUGGCCUACAAAUUCUCGCCGUUGCCGAAAUUGCUAUAGCAACACUCGUAGCCGCACUUACCACACAUCAUUUAGUGACCGAUACUGAGAGCCCUUCCUACUUCCAAAUAUGCCUCAUUGCAAUGAUGUUACUGAUGGCUUUGACGUCAUCGCUGCUUAUAGCUGGAAUCCAAAGACACGAUACAAGUCUUAUGUAUCCAACGUUGGUGGCGCGGGUCGUACUCAUCAUUUUUGUACAGGUAUUUGGUGUAUCAACUGUUGUUGCUCCAGAGCCAGCCGCUCCCAGAUGGGAAAAGGAAAAACCAACAAAAGAGCCGGAAGAAAAUGACGGCGAGCCAAGUGUGGCAGUGCGUUUAGUCAUGCUAGUAUUCGCUAUGUUAUUUAUAACCGUAGCAGUGUUCUACUGUAUUUAUCUGGUAGUACGAUGUUUGCAAUAUCAACGAUGCUAUUCCCGAAUGAAAGAACGACGAGAAUCAUUCAUUGCUGCUAGUAUGAUUGAUCCCGAUGGAACUUCGCGAGGUUCGCGUAGAGCUUCGUCUUUGCCUGGAUUUCCUUGAACAGUACUAGGAUAAUUUCUUAGAGUCUGUAUUCGGACAGACUUCUCUCACCUCGCCUCGAUCUGGUUACAACCCGAUGAGAUUUCAAAUCGAAAACAUGCAAUAAAUGACUCCUAUUCGCCUCCAAUAUU